GUGAGCCAGUCACUGAGGACGGCCUGCUCUCAACCGAAUUGCAAAUGCACGGUUGCGCUCAUGAAUAGGACCUGGCUCAUGAGGACCUGCCUCCUGCCUAUCGCCUGCAGGGCCGCCCCGCGAUCCCCCUUCGUUCCUCAUACGGUGCGACGGUUGACGAUGAGUACUUCAAAUCACACUCGAAUACCUUUCAAGCAGGCUGAAGAGUCUCGCGAGCCUUUUGAUGUAGAGUUUACAUGGAACAUGAGACAGAUCGUCAAUCCAGAUUGGCAGGUGCCCCAAGGCGCCAACAAACAUCCUCGGGCAGUCGACUUUGAUCCUAAGGCCAAGGUCACGCAGCUUAAGCCGGAAGAUCUCGAUGCUGGUACGAACUACAAGCUGCUCAUCAACGGUGUCGUCCCGCGACCGAUUGCCUUUGUCUCCUCUCAAGGAAAAAACGGGGUACGAAAUCUAGCGCCAUUUUCCUACUUCGCAGUUGUGGGACACAACCCUCCUAUCAUCAGCGUAUCCAUUAACGCCAAAGGCCCAAGCACCGAGAAGGACACCGCCACUAACAUCCUAGAGACGAAACGCUUCGUGGUCAACAUUAUCUCCGAGCCUUUCAUCGAAGCGGCUAACUACACUUCAAUCGAUGCACCUGCUGAUGUAUCCGAAUGGACCUUGAGUGGAUUGACUCCGGUUCCCAACAUAACCUGGGGCGGCGACCAAGGCGGCCCGCCGAGAGUGGGAGAGAGCGCAUACAGUUUGGAGUGCGAGCUUUAUCAGAGCGUUGACAUCAAGAAUGACGAGAAUCACAAGACCGCGACGCUGAUCCUCGGUCGCAUCCGUCAUUAUAUUAUCAAAGAAUCUUUCCUAAAUGAGGACAAGUCGAUCGACCCGGGUAAGCUGUUGCCCGUCUCGCGCUUAGGCGGCAUCACAUAUGCUAAGCUAGGCAGCGGAUUCGAAGCCCCGCGGCCGAAGUGGGAAGAGGAGAAGGAAAAGGACAAUGUCAAGACUGCAUUGCAAAAAGCAAAACAGUAAAGUACUGAUAUGUAUUUUAGGUGCAGAAAAAAUGCACCGAGCCACAUAUAGGGCUUCGUCAUGGGCGCCA